UUUACGUAAAUAGGGAAUCUGCGGUUGCGAAUCAAAAAUAAACAAACGAAGAAACGUCACCCAGCAACCGGCUAAUUAGGUAGCCACCAGCUAGCUAGCUAUUUUGUUUUUACUGCGUUCAGCCAGAUGCCAUACAUUUAAUUAGCGUUAGGUGACACUUGCCAAGUCGUUACUAGCAGCUGUAUAUCAUUUACUAAAACGUAAAGGGUGACUACAUUAGAAACGUAUAGUAUAUUAUUUGCAAUGGAGUGGUAGCUAGACGAGGGGCGUGAUACCAAUUUGCUGCUAGCCACACACAGUAAUUAAAACCUCUUGAACAAGCAUCAUUGGCAUCGUUUUGGAAUGUAAAUACGGUUUGAACUGGCCAAGAUUAGCUAGCUAUUUAGCUAGGCUAAGUUCUAAGGCAACAACAACACGGUUACAAUAGCGCACUGUUUACUGACAACUAACGUAGCCCGAAUCGAAAGAUGGACUCAAAUGUGCAGAAGAGACGGGAAAACAAGAAGUCAUUGCGUGUAAAGGUGAUCAGCCUUGGCAACGCUGAGGUGGGGAAGAGCUGCAUCAUCAAACGUUACUGCGAAAAGAGAUUUGUGCCCAAAUAUCUGGCCACCAUCGGGAUUGACUACGGUGUUACUAAAGUCCAGGUUCGAGACCGUGAGAUCAAGGUGAACAUCUUUGACAUGGCUGGACACCCUUUCUUUUAUGAGGUCCGUAAUGAGUUCUAUAAGGACUCCCAGGGUGUGGUGCUGGUGUAUGACGUUGGUCUCAGAGAGAGCUUUGAUGCUCUGGACAGCUGGCUGGGGGAGAUGAAACAGGAAAUGGGAUCCCAGGCCAACAUGGAGAGCAUCGUAUUCGUAGUCUGUGCCAACAAGGUGGACCUGACCAAGCGACGCGUGGUUGACGAGGGGGAGGGCAGGCUGUGGGCGGAGUCUCGGGGGUUCCACUACUUUGAAACGUCCGCCCAGAGUGGAGAGGGCAUCAGUGACAUGUUUCAGUCGUUUUUCUCCUCCAUUACUGACAUGUGUGAGAAUGGAGGAAAGCGUCCGGUGGCGGAGGUCAGUGUAGGCUUCACCAAGGAGCAGGCCGACACCAUCCGCCGCAUCCGCAACAGCAAAGACUCCUGGGACAUGCUGGGGGUCAAACCUGGAGCCACCAGGGAAGAGGUUAACAAGGCGUACAGGAAACUAGCCGUGUUGCUGCAUCCUGACAAGUGUGUGGCACCAGGAAGUGAGGAUGCGUUUAAGGCAGUGGUGAACGCUCGCACCUCCCUGCUGAAGAAUAUCAAGUAGACACGCCGCUUCCACUGUGGACAACCUAGAGCUCUUGACUAAGCUCCCCCCCCCCCCCCCCCCCACGUACUUGCCCCACCCCCACUGACUGACAGGCCAAGAGCCCCACCUAACCACCCGCUUCUCUUAUCGACAGAGCCCCACUAUCUCACUCACUUCCAUGCAUAUGUUAUGCAUGCACUGCUGUGCCCCUCCAAUUCCAAAUGAGCCCCAUCAGACCUGGCAUUACCGGCCUUACAACCGCACCCCCACCCCCUUUGCCCUCAAAGUUGCCAGUUCAGCAUUUCUUUAAAAGUCCCCAUUUUAUGUGCCACUUAUAUUAGUAAGCUAUUUUCAGCCUGCUUGUUUAUUUAUAACAUUUUGCAAUCCCACUGCGACUGAGUGGAUUGUAAGUAUGUGUGUAAAACGUGUGUGUGUGUGUGUGUGUGUGUGUGUGUGUGUGUGUGUGUGUGUGUGUGUGUGUGUGUGUGUGUGUGUGUGUGUGUGUGUGUGUGUGUGUGUGUGUGUGUGAGAGAAACAGAUUUCUGGCUGUACAUUUACCUGUCCACAGACACUGGAGUUUCAUAGUGUGGGGCAUCUUGCCUUCGGUUUACGGUGAAAGUAGUGGUAAGGAUUAGUAACCUACACACAUACGUUGAGAUGCUAGCCUACAUGCUAGCCUACAUGCUAGCCUACAUGCUAGCCUACAUGCUAGCCUACAUGCUAGCCUACAUGCUAGCCUACAUGUCCUCUCAUUCCUCAGGUCCAUUUUGAUUUGAUGUGUUUAAGCUGA